GUUAGCCAAAAAAAAAAAAAAGGAAAAAAAAAAUCUAGAUUCCUCGUACCAGCCAUGGCAGAAGCAAAGAGGUAUGCAAUUGUGACCGGGGCAAACAAAGGGAUAGGAUUUGAGGUAUGCAGGAACUUAGCUUCUAAAGGAAUCACCGUGGUUCUGACUGCCAGGGAUGAGAAGAGGGGACUCGAUGCUCUUCACAAGCUCAAAUUCUCUGCUGGUCUUUCUGCUGAUCAUUUGCUAUUUCAUCAGCUUGAUGUGGCAGAUUCGUCUAGCGUUGCUUCCCUUGCUCAAUUCAUCAAGACUCAGUUUGGAAGGCUUGAUAUCUUGGUGAAUAAUGCAGGAAUUAUUGGAGCUGAUAUAGACUCUGAUGCUUUUAAAGCUGCGAUUGCAGCUGGUGCUGUUGAAGAGGAACGAGCUAAUAAAGUUGACUGGAGCAGUUCGAUCAAAGAGACUCAUGAAUUGGCAGUACAAUGCUUCCAAACAAACUAUUAUGGUGCCAAAAGAAUGAUUGAAGCCUUUGUUCCUCUUCUCCAAUUAUCUCAAUCACCAAGAGUUGUCAACGUUUCCUCAGGCGCGGGAAAGCUAAAGAAUAUACCCAGUGAAUGGGCCAGAGGGAUAUUCACUGAUGUCGACAACCUUACAGAAGAGAGAGUGGAUGAGGUGCUCAAUCAGUACCUGAAAGACUUAAAAGAAGGUUCCAGAGAAGCCAAAGGCUGGCCUUCAUUCCUGUCUUCUUAUACAGUCUCGAAAGCAGCCAUGAAUGCAUACACAAUUGUUGUCGCAAAGAAGCAUCCCCACAUCAAGAUCAAUAGUGUCUGUCCUGGUUUUGUCAAAACGGAUAUAAACUUCGAAUCCGGCACAUUGACUGUAGAAGAAGGUGCUGACAGUAUUGUGAGGCUGGCUCUGCUGCCUGAUGAUGGUCCUUCUGGCUUGUUCUUCAUUCGCAGUGAAAUAUCACCUCUUGGAUAGAGAUAAUCCUUCUCAUCUCUUUGCAUUCAUGUGAGAUCAUCCCAACCGGGCCAUAGAUCUAUGCAACAUUGUGAUAUUUUUCUUGCAAUUUAGACUACAAAAUCACCAAAGAAUAAUGUUUUGAAUCCUUUGUUUUGAUGAAUAAAUCAUAUAUGAGCUUCAUUGGUCGUCAUGCAACAAUUAAUGUUGUCAAGAUCUUCUCUUCUCAACUAAUUUAGUCAUACCUGUGCUAAAGAUCUAGACAGACUUGGAACCCUAUGUUUUUACUAUUGGACCAUCCUUUUUCGGUUUAA